CAACUCUCCAACCCGUGCAUCGGUCAACCUCUGCACCAGAAGGCCAUGACAACCAGGUUAGGGGGCCUCUGUCCUUGACAUGGAAUUCAGUGGAACAAUCCCGGAAGAGAACGCCAAUACCAGAGGAUCCGCUGGGUCGUCUCCUCCCCAGGAUGAAGAGCGCGUUGCCAAAGCCAAGGGGAUCCUAGAGGCGUGUCGGUGGAAGGAUGUAGAGACUCUGCGGGCACUGUCGACAUCUAAAGGCGGACUGCUUUCGGACGAUAUUCGACGCCAGGCAUGGCCCCUUCUGCUUGGCUACGACUGCGAUGGAGGCGGUGUAGAUCGCAACUCCGGUGACAUCCAGGGCUGGAGAAGCCUGCCAAAGCAUCGAGACGAAGGCCAGGUGCAGCUGGACGUGGAUAGGUCUUUUAUAUACUAUCCCGUCGACCAAUCUCCGAAAGAGAUCGACCGACGCAAAGAAGAGCUUUCCGAUCUCAUACUUGAAGUUCUACGACGGCAGCCCUAUCUACAUUACUUCCAAGGUUACCACGAUAUCUGCCAGGUCUUCCUCCUGGUCCUCGAACCACGAAGCCGUGCAUCGGCCGUUUCACGUCUCUCGGCCCUGCGAAUCCGGGAUUACAUGCUGCCGACUCUCGCUCCCUCACUCGCACAAUUGCGCUUGAUACCUUCGAUCAUACGCACGGUUGACCCGAAGCUCUACAACCAUCUCCCCUUAACACAGCCUUUCUUUGCUAUACCAGGUAUCUUGACAAUGUACGCGCACGAUAUACAGGAGUACGGCGACAUAGCGCGGAUAUUCGAUGUCCUCUUAGCACGAGAAGCCGUGUUCUCCGUGUAUAUGUUCGCACAGAUCAUUCUUCAGAGAGCCGAUGAGCUCUUUGAGAUCCCAGCGGACGAGCCCGAAGUGCUUCACUCAAUCCUUUCCAAGCUGCCCAAGCCACUUGACAUAGAAACGUUGAUUGCAAAUACUGUUAAACUAUUCGAGAAACACCCGCCUGAAACCCUGAGGACUUGGCGGGCAAUAUCUAAGUUUAGUGUUUUGAAGACGGCACGUUUGCCAGACCAGGUCCUAAAAGAAUCUAUAGAAGACGGGGAAAUGUAUUUUUAUAAACAGGUAAAAGACUUACAAUGGACCGAACGACGCGAGAAGGUGUUGAAGACGAUGUGGAAGUACAGAAGGCCUGUCAGAACAAUUGGACUUGCUAUACUAGUAGGAGUCUUAUCAUUCUGGUUGCGGAAGUCUUCCGGUUUUUCGGGGAUUCUGGGGGCGUUUUGGAGGUGGUCAGGGUACUCUGGGUAUGGAAAUAUCCCACUAAAAUCAAGUGAUUAGAAACGGCGUUACAUGGGAUAUAUUGAUCAUUCAUUUUGUACAUAAGUCUCAACACCCCCUCCCAUCAUGGCGUAAACGCCGAUUUAAGAGCCUCAAAGUGCUGCCGUUGUUCCAACGCCAGUUUUCCGUCGAGGUCCCCAAUGAUUGUAAGAAUCAAUGAAUAGUUGUUGUAUAGGAACCUUUCCUUUUUCCUCGAAUCGCCGAUGGUAUUACUUGUUUUCGUCAGGAACGCCUCGAUUUCACUCCGUAGUCUCGUUAAGCUUGCAGACACAGGCUCGUCAUCCCCUGCGUC